GUUCCUCAUUCCCCCAUUCUCGUUAGCACCUCGUUCCAUCUCCACCUCUUGAGAGAACACACCUCAUUCUCCACGCGUCAUACCAGUCAAACCAUCAUUACAUUCAUCAUGAACAUCAAUACUCACCCUCCAAAUGCCACCUUCUUCCAAUAUAUCGAUGUGGCGGCCGGUGGCCAACCUCCCUACGCGUUCACGACGCGUCAAUGGGAUGACCUUGAACGUGGUGUUGUCCUCUCCUCCGAGUCAAUGUUUGACAUGCUCGAUCAAAAGAAGACUCAAAGACAAAGGGUUGCCAAAUACCCCACCCCGCCUCCCGCGUAUCUUGUUCCUGAACCCCUUCCCAUUGCUGCGCCCAAACCCAUGCAUCCAAAUGCAAUCAGUCCCCCUCUCCUCACAUUGCAAUGGGAACUGACCGGCAAUGAGUUCUCUACGCCUCCACCUCUGUACAAUCAAUCGUCGCCACAUGAACCGGUCAAUAUGACGGGGGCAAUCGUCUCCGACGAGGACCACAUUAUCGACGUCCGAAAACGGGCCCCUCAGCCACCCAUCGGCACAGGUCGACCACGACCAUCCGACACACGCCGCAGAUUGGCCAACACGGCAACCUCACAUUCGACGUAUCACUCACGAUGGGUCAGCAAUGAGAGGGCCAUGGCUUUAUUGGCCAUUCUCAAUGGUCAUCACGGUCCCACGGCCAUCAACAGACCCGCCAACCAGUGGGCGCUCGAUGAACGACAAUCGUCAUAUUCCUCGUAUGACGGUCCCAAGGCGACCUCGGUAUCGUCGUCACAUGCCUACGACAGAACUAGUCAUCCACAGCCUUUCCCAAUCUCUGCGUUUGGACCGCAGACACAAAUAAUUGAACCCAUGUUGACUCUGAGGGGAGUGCCUUCUCAGAGCCAUGGGGUUCAGGCAUCAGUGUCUGCGGACCGGAUGCGAGUUGGGCAGAAAUGGAAAUCCUGCGCCGAUGAGAAGUACAACAAGUCCAUGGGGAGUAUGCGCACCGUCAACAACUUAUCCGAUGGCCUGUCGCGAGAUCGACCCAUCAUCGUCUAUGACACCCCUCAACCUAUUCAACGCACGAAGAGGUCCCGUCCUCACCCGCGCCCUCCGAUCCAAUCAGAGGUCUCGCCGCUCGUCAUGGGCGUUUGGAAUGUGUAGGUAAAGAGUAGAAAGGAGAGGCAGGGGGCCGUUGAAGACUUCCCUAGGAGUCUUAUACCUGAUAACACGGACCAUGAUUUUGUUCAGAACUCACCUUUUUGUCUUUGUCUUUUCCAUUGUAUUUGUAUCAAACCGAUCGAUAGCUCGUCUUGUCGCCAGAUCAAAUAUUUUUCUUGACCCAACGAUGGAUGUGUCAAUACUAUGCAAUGCAUUGUAGGGUUCCCAACCACAGAGUCUGGUCAUCUGGUGACCUUUGCGUAUAUCACGCGAGGUAUGGAACACCCCGAAGCCAAUGCGCAAAAGGUCACGAGUGGUAUGAUCUUUUUCAGCAGGGCUGUUACACAGAACUGUUACAUAGGAUUGCACGGCGCAAUCCAGGUUCAUGAAGCACGAUUACCAGCGGAUAAUAAGAUCAUCGAGGAAGU